AUGAGCAACACAGACGAACCCGUUACAGCCUAUCCGGCAACCUCAAUAUCUGCGCAGUCUCAGUCUGGUGGCCCAGGACUAGAUGCUAAGACGAAAGAAAAAGCAGAAUGGUCGCGUCUUGAGUUCUGGGACGAGAACCAGAAGCCGUAUCUCAAGGAAUACGAAGGCCGUGGUUUGCUCAAUAACAAGGCUGCGUUGAUUACUGGUGGCGAUUCAGGUAUUGGACGUGCUGUUGCCAUUCUUUUUGCGAGAGAAGGUGCAGAUGUUAGUAUCGUGUAUCUACCAGAAGAAGAGGAGGAUGCGCAGUAUGUCAAGAAGAAGGUUGAGGAGGCUGGACGCAAGGCAAAUCUCAUGUCUUUGGACUUGAAGGUCCGAAGCAAUUGCGAGAAGGCUGUUGAAAGACACAUGAAGGAAUUUGGAAAGCUUAAUGUCCUUGUGAACAACGCCGCCAUGCAAGAAGCAUGUGAAGACAUCAAAGAUAUUGACCUUGAUGUGACCGAGAAGACCUUCCAGACUAAUAUUGUUUCCAUGUUUGCGAUGUCAAAGUACGCUCUCAAGCACAUGAGGCGUGGCGACAGUAUCGUAAACAGCUCCUCUGUCGCAGCAUACAUGAGCAAUCCAUCUCUUCUCGACUACGCCUCAACCAAGGGUGCAAUUACAACCUUCACGCGUGGUCUUGCUCAACAACAGGCCAAGAACGGGAUUAGAGUGAACGCCGUCGCACCAGGUAUCAUCUGGACGCCCUUACAGCCGGCAACGAAAAAUGUACCGGCCGAUGCAAUGGAGUCCCUCGGUGUUGGUGCUUGUCCGCUGAAUAGGCCUGGGAUGCCGGUUGAGAUGGCAACAGCCUAUGUCUAUCUUGCUUCACCAAUGGGUUCCUACUGCACUGGAGAGUGUCUUCAUGGCUCAGGCGGCAUUGAGAUGCAAGGCUAG